CUUGACCCAAGGUGGGCUACAUGUUGUAAAAUGGCCUGCAUGUGGGUGGUCAGUGACUCCCUCUUGAGAGGGUCGGCAAUGAUGUUCUCUGCCCAACAGAGCAACAAAGGCAGGGGGAAUUCGCUAAAGCAAUUAAUUAUUCCCUUUCUCUUCAGAACGUUUAUAACAGAAUAUGGAGACCAAUGGCCAGUCAUCAAUGGAAGAAGGUUGACUCCCAGAAAGACGCAGUGGCUAUGAGCAGGUGCUCUGAGUGAAAGAAGAGAGAGAGAGCAACUGAUUUCUAGCACUGCCUUGAAUUCUUUUAUUUCUACGUUUUCGGGUAAUAUUAACACACACAUAUAAUUUGAGUGAGUUCCAGUUACUUUCAGUCAGAAGGCUUUAAUAUAAUUCCCAAACUAAUGCUUUUUAAAAAUUGAAACACUGUCUGAUUGACAUGGAAACAAGAGCUGUGACAAAAGACUUGUAUUGUGUGAUGUCUGACCAAAAGAGUUUGCUGUCUCUCAUAGAAGACUUCCACUUGAUAGAUUAGAGACAGCACAUUUGGAGGACCAAGGUAAUGAUUAGAAUAAUUUAUUAUUUUUGUCAAGUCAUUGAAAAAGAUCUUGGGACUUGCGGACACGAAGGGAACAAUAAUAAUCCCAGUAGGUAAAAAUGAGUAAGUCGGCUGAACUCGCACUUAUCGAGACAAUGAGGAAACAUGGGAGGGUAGCUCGGUGACACUCGGUAAAGGUGAAGACGUGCCUACUCUUCAGCAGCUGUUUGCUUGGGAAACUCUUGCAGACGUUUACAAGUGCUCUCUUGUGGGACUUCGUAAUGUAACGUAUUUCAUGGAAUGGGUGAAUGAAAGAAGCAUCUCAUGUCACAACAAUGGCAAUGAGUAAAAAUGGAUGAAAAAUGGAAGCAUAUGAAAUGUAGUUUGUUCUACAUUUCGGUGAACCUCACUACCAAUUCCAGGGACAGCUAUCAUCCCACUUAACAGAGAGCUUAUACUUUUGAACCCUGGCUCUGGAGCCCUUACCUUCACUGAAAUUAUUUUUGUAACUGUCUUUAAAGAUGACAUAGACGUGUGGUGAGAUAGAGCUAAUGCUUUGCAGUAUUGGCACCCAGUUGUGCCUCACCAGGCCUUGGCAAGUGCUUGGUAACUCAGUUAUUGAAGUGUGAGCUCCUUACAGGAUAUGUAGGUGCUGGAGACAAAGCAACCAGAAACCAGACAAUGUCCAGGUAGACACCUCAGGAUGGGUGUCCUUGCCACAACAUCAAGCCUAACAAUAGAGAUUUGAAGCUAAAGUGACCCUGGUUUGAAUAGUUCACUUGGUAAACCUGUUAGACUGGGGCAGAGGCAGCCUAGUGUGGACUAGAGCAUAAGGUGCUAUAGGGAAAGAGCAACGAAUGGUGGGGCUGAGGCAUUGGGAGCUGGAAGUAAGGUCAAUUCUCCUUCAAGACAGGGGUACUAGAAGCUCCAGAUGUGGGAACAGCAGGGGUGGGCACCUCCUCAGGGCAAGCUGUCCUGUGGGUAACUGACUUCCUAGCAGUGAGUCCCAGAGGUAAAAGAUGACGCAGGCUUCCCUUUAAAAUGUAUUCCCCCUCCUGUAAAGAACCCUCCUCAAAUCUAAACAGGCGUACACAUUUCAGUCACAUCCUUCUUAUUACUUUGCUAAGAUAAUAAUAGAAAGAUUGCUCCCCAGAGGACUCCUAUGCUCCCCUUGAGGAUACUUCAUUUUAUUUUCUACUCGAGAGCUGUUAAUAAAUCACUCUCCAGCUGAGUACAGUUCAAUGCUAGGGCACUUCGCUUAUCUGACCUUCACAUUAAUUAUUUUUCUUACACCAGCAGGAACUUGCGUCUUCUUUUCUCCCUUCCCUGCAAAGCCACAUGGCCCCAGCAGACCCAGUUCUCUCAUCAUGCCAAAGGGGGAGCUCCUUAAACACUCAUGUCGCUUACAAGUUCUCUCAAACCCUAAGUUCCAUAGAAUCAAUAGAUUUAAGGGACUCGUUUGUGUCUGAAUGUUUGGAGAUGUCAUUACAAUUCUUACAAAAACUGAAAGUGAAAUGAGGAAGACGGAUUGAGCAAUCGCUGGAAGUGCGGAUGCCAGGAAGACCUAUUGCACGUAGGGGCAGAGAUGCAGCCCUGUGGGGAGAAGAAAAUUCAGGAGAAUUCUCCUGAGGGCAAGCGCCAAACUGGCCGCUGUAGUCAAUGUAGGACAUCAACAAACACAGAUAACAGGAAAUGACCCAUUCCCCGUGGUCACUUAUUCUGAAGACCCAAACCUUCAAAGUCCAAGGAGUGAAAUGAAUGACUCCACAGAAGGGAAGCCGGCACGCCUCUCUCCUGGUCUGAAGAGAAGAGAAGAAAUGAAACUGAAGGAGUAUGUCUCCCUCCUCCCCCAGAAGGAAAGCCCCUCUGCCCGGUUCUCCAGAGAUGGCUCGCUGCUGGCCUUGACCUUGCUGCUGGCCCUGGUGUCCUGCUGCCUCACAGUGGUGUCCUUCUGCAGAGUGGCUGCCCUGCAAGGGGAGCUGAAGAGCCUCCGGGAGGAACUGCUGGAGCACCAAGCUGAGCAGCUGCCAGGCCCUCCCCGGGCGGGAGCAGCAGCCCCCAGGGCAGCUGUGCAGGAAGCUCCAGCUGCCACCUCGGCACUGAAAGGGAUCUUUGCACCACCAGCGGCACAAGAAAGUAACUUCAGUCGGAGCAUCAGGAAGAGGCGUGCCAUUCAGGGUCCAGAAGAAUCAGGAGAUUACACAUUUGUUCCCUGGCUUCUCAGCUUUAAAAGAGGAAGAGCCCUAGAAGAAAGAGAAAAUAAAAUAUUAGUUAAAGAAACCGGUUACUUUUUUAUAUAUGGUCAGGUUUUAUACACCGAUAGCACGUUUGCCAUGGGACACCUAAUACAGAGGAAAAAAGUCCAUGUCUUUGGGGAUGAAUUGAGUCUGGUGACUUUGUUCAGAUGUAUUCAAAACAUGCCUGAAACACUACCCAAUAAUUCCUGUUAUUCAGCUGGCAUUGCAAAGCUGGAAGAAGGAGAUGAACUUCUACUUGCGAUACCACGUGGAGAUGCUAAAAUUUCACAGGAUGGAGAUGGCACUUUUUUUGGUGCAUUGAAACUUCUGUGACCUAUUUACACCUUGUUUGUGGCUAAUUUCCUCCCUUUAAAUGUAUCUCUAAGGAGAAAGCACUUAACUGGAAAUACCAAAAGGGGAAAAAAAAGUAGUUACCAUAGCCUUUUCUGUGAGCUAUUUGUUUUGGUUUGCUGAAACUAGACCGGACAGGAAAUUUAACAGACAACCACAGCCAAAGGGUGUCAUGUGAAUUACAAGAAGUAGAGCUCAUUUAAGGAAAGAUAGAAUUAGAAAGACUUUUUCACCAUAAUGCCAUGUCAAACAAUUUAGUCAUAGCUUCUUGUCUUAGAGGAAGCUCAGGGUUCAAAAGAGCCGUAAUGAUUUGUUCAAAAACAGUAUUCCAUUUUUCACUAUGAAACAAGUGCCCAUUUCCAUAGGACAGUAAGACAUUAGGGGAAAAUCUCAGAAUUCAUCCUCUCUGUUUAUGCAAAAUACACCCCUCUCCUUUUCAGUUAACAUUGGAGAAAGUAAAAAGAAAAAAUAUAUAGAAAUUUUGCAUUUCCUACAUGUAAAAGUAAUUAAAGCCUAAAUUUAAACAUCAUAUUAAACAAUUGAAGAUAUAUUACUAUUUAAGUCCUUUUUGGUUUAUUUCAAGUUUGCAAUUUUUCUCUCUGAUGUUAUAUAUUACCCAAUGGAACACUCCCCAACAGGUUUCAUAGAAGGAGAAUAACUCAUGUGUCUGCACAUAUGUGUGUUGUUUGUAGCUAAUAUUCAGAAACUUAAUGUAGGGUAAUUUUAAUUCAUGCAUAUAACCAUUAAUUGAAAAAAAUACUAUAAUUGUUCUUAUAUAAAAACAAAACCUUCACUAGAAAUUAAUGAAUACAUUUGUAAUAAUGUAAUAUAAAUUUUCUUUAUUUCCUUUUCUGUUUUAAACUACUGUUCACAUGUCCCAACCUUCAAAAACAGUCAUGUUAUUAGCUUUACUGAAGGUGAGGUUUAAUUCAAUUUCUUGGCAUCCUGAAUUAUGCUAUAUGCUGUUUAUAAAGUUACCAUAUGCCAGAAGAUACCACCUAAUUUUCAUUUUAUAAAGAACCACAUUUGAGAAUGCUAUAAUACUGACAUUUAUUACAUCUAUUUUCCCUUUGUUUUGCUUGCUGUUGUUUUUUAAAUGUCAUCAAUUUAAAGAGCUUUCACUUCAUUAAACAGUUUCUUUCAUUAGUUUAAUCAGUAGCUGGAAGAAUAGACCCUGCUCAGCACUAAAUUUUCCCCAGUCUGUAUGAAAACAAUUUUAAAGGUACAAUUUUCAAAACAAAAGGAAUGAUUUGUAUUUUUGUAUAUAAACUUAACCUUUGUUAAAAUAUAAUUUUGACUUUUUUGGUUAAAACAAAAUCUAUUUUGCAAUUAUUUUGUUUUACAAUAUAAUCAUUAAAAGGAAGGGGUAGGUAGGGUAAGAGUUUCGAUACCAGGAGGUGGUUAGGAAUUUUCCUAGUGUUGCUGCUAACUUGGAUUGCCAAAUAAAAACUCUCCGAGUCUUUUGCCUCAUUUUUUAUUGAGUUUGUCUAACACCACUCCUCUUUUAGUUUCUUUCCAUUUAACUACUAAAUGCCACUUUAAAAAUUAGGUACAUACUUGUAAAACAUUAGAAAGUCACAUGUGUUAGGGCAUGACAAUAAGGUAUUUGAAAUCAAGAAUAUUUUAUAUAUUUCAAAAAGGAUUUGUAGCCCUAGCUGGUUUGGCUCAGUGUAUAGAGUGUUGGCCUGUGGACUGAAGGGUCCCAGGUUUGAUUCC